AGGGCAGCGCGUGGGAGGGUAUCAUAGACGAAACAGUAUACUCUGUUAUAUCCAUGGUAUAGCUCAUGGCUAUAGGCGACGAUUACCACUUUCCAUCAGAUAGGUCGUCAGCUCGUUUGCUUUAGUAGGUUGCAUAGAUUUAUUUUCAAGUUUCGUCAAUAUAAAAAUAGUGCCAACUUUUAAACAACGUUUACUUUUUGAUAUAUAACAAAACUUUGGCAGUAGAAAUAAAGUUUUGACUUAAUUUCUACUUUUCUUUAUUUGAUUUGUAAUUUUAUUAACAAACAAAAGAAUAAUAGUUAAGAAAACAAUUACUGAGCAAGUAAACUGAUAAUUAUGAAAUUCUUCGGCAUGUAGUAACUUUUUUGUCUUACUUAUUUUGUUUGAAAUAGUUAAAAACCAUUUAUGCUUUCGUUUUUUAUGUUUAUUCAUUGUUAAUUUUAUUCCAAAAUAUUUUUCUUUAUAAAUAUUUAUAAUUUAUAAGAUUUAAUAAAUAAUAAGAUGGGAAAUAAAAAGUAAAGAGAUAACUUCUGAUAAAUACUAAUAAAAAUAUAUAUUAUUUAUAUAAAGCAUAAAAACAAUGUCUGUAAUAGUAAUAGCGAUUGCUAGUGAAAGUGGUGUACCAAUAUUUUCAAGAAAACGCGGUAACAAUGAAAAUAUACAGUUUUCAACUAUUGCUUCCCUACAUGGCAUAAAUAUGUUUAGUAAAUGCCACAAUUUAUCAAUGGUAGACACUCAUGUAGAUAGUGGAACAAUAAUUUGGAAAGAAUAUUGUAAAAGUGUCACAUUAAUUGGGAUAGCUACAGGGGGCCUCGAGUGUGACCUUGAACUUUUACUAUCCUGUGUUCACGAUGUUAUGGUGUUCUCCGUUGGCAAGAAAGAGUUAGAAAAUAUCAAAAAUAUAGACCAAUUGAAAAGAGACCUGCGGCAGUGCUAUCCAAUUUUGGACUAUCUAUUAGAAUCAUUAGAUCCCAAUGUAGUCUCCAGUCCAUUUCCAACAUUAGUGCUUGAUCUCAUUCAAAGUAUUUUAUGCCCGCAGGCUCAACAAUUACAGCAAGCAUUAGACAUUUAUGCGGAAAAUGUAACAGGUCGAUGGGCAUGUCUCGCCAUUCAUGGACAUUUAGUUGCGACCAGCUCUGAUUUCACUGAACUGGAUCCAAGAGAGGCUCGACUGAUGCUCCUACUAGCAGCUGCGCAAGAUGGCGCUCCACUAAGAGACACGCCCGUUUAUUUGCCGCAAAUGAGUCCAGAUGUAGCAUUCCGAGCAGUUACUUGCAAAUUGUUGGCCGAUGUCUAUGUGAUAGUGAUAUGUGGUGCAACGCCCCCCCUUUCACAAAUAGACGAAAUAGUUCUCCAAUGCUGGGAAAGUUACGCCCAAAUAAUAAAAGAAGCCAAACUGGUUUAUCCAAGGAAUUUUCCUAUGAGCAUUACAUUUGAGAGCAGUGUUUUGGGAAUUCUUUUAAUAAACAUAAACAAGCGAAGAUGUGUCUUUUCUCGUCACUUGCACACACUAAAUCAAAAAAGUCGUAGCAUAUCGGGUGCUCAUCGGAUGGACAUUUUACGCACGUUCUACGUCACAACUGCCAGAGAUUUAGCACCAGAAUUAAAAGUUAAAGUGCAUAAGAGUGAAGAAGCAGGAGGUUCGACAGUUCAGGAUCAAGAGGAUUGUAUAUGUGAAACAUAUUGGACUUCUGAAUACCACAAGUGCCAUGGACAAAGAUCUGGAAAUAUGUUGUGCUGUGUGCUUUAUGCAUCUACCGUUCACAUUCACACCAUGAGGAUGAUUACCAAUCAAAUUCUGCAAGAGUUGAAUACAAACAAAGAAAUAUAUUGGUGAUAAAUUUAAUUUAUAAAAAUUGUAAAAUCCGUCCAAAUAAAAAAAAAAACAUGAAAUUGCUGAAAUAA